UAUCACCAGCAACAAGCUUAUCAAAGUUUUUUGUGGCCUAAUGAUUCUCCAAUUGUUGAAUGUGGAAAUUAUGAUAAUUGUGACCAUCGAAUAAAGGAUGAUGCAUGUUGGUAUAAUGUUGAAGCAGAA